AUGGAGGAGUCGGGGAUGCUGUGCGGACUGCGGGCGGGAUGGGGGCGCAGCCGAGCCGCGGCCGGCGCGGGCCAGGCGCUGUGCAGGGCGGGCGGCGGCGGCGGCGGCUGCAAGCGGAGCCGCGCGGCCGGCGGGGCGGGCGAGCUGGAGGCGGCGGCGGCCGGCGGAGCCCCCUCGGCCGAGGCGCUGGCGGGCUGGGAUGAAGCCGGCGGCGGGCGGCUGUGGGGCCAGAUAGCGUCGCGGGGGGAAGGGGGCGGCGACGGCUGCUGCUAUUGCUGCUGCGGGGAGGAGGAGGAGGAGGAGGGGGGCGACGGCGGGUGGCGGCCCGGCCCGCUGGGCGGCGGGGCAGGGGCCGGCCGAGGGAUGGCCGCCCCGCGCUCGGAGCCCGGCUCCAACAGCGAGCGCAGCGCCGACUCGCCUCUGCCCGACGACGGCGGCGGCGGCGGCUCCUCCGCGGCCGGCCCGCAGUGGGGCGAGGAGCGGUUCCGCGUGGACAGGAAGAAGCUGGAGGCCAUGCUGCAAGCUGCUGCUGAAGGAAAAGGCAAAAGUGGGGAGGACUUUUUUCAGAAGAUUAUGGAAGAAACGAACACCCAGAUUGCUUGGCCGUCUAAGCUGAAGAUUGGUGCAAAAUCAAAAAAAGAUCCCCAUAUUAAAGUCUCUGGGAACAAAGAAAAUGUUAAAGAAGCCAAGGAGAAGAUCAUGUCUGUCUUGGACACAAAAAGUAAUCGAGUCACCUUGAAGAUGGAUGUAUCUCAUACGGAGCACUCUCACGUGAUUGGCAAAGGAGGCAAUAAUAUUAAAAAGGUGAUGGAGGAAACGGGUUGCCACAUCCACUUUCCGGACUCUAAUAGGAAUAACCAAGCAGAAAAGAGCAAUCAAGUGUCUAUAGCAGGACAGCCAGCUGGAGUUGAGUCUGCCAGAGUUAGAAUACGGGAGCUACUCCCAUUGGUCCUGAUGUUUGAAUUACCUAUAGCUGGAAUCCUUCAACCAAUCCCUGAUCCCAAUUCUCCCACCAUUCAGCAUAUAUCUCAGACAUAUAACAUUUCAGUGUCUUUUAAGCAACGUUCUCGGACAUAUGGUGCUACUGUCAUCAUCAGAGGAUCUCAGAAUAAUGCUAGUGCUGUGAAGGAAGGGACAGCUAUGCUUUUGGAGCAUCUGGCUGGUAGUUUGGCUUCCGCGAUCCCUGUGAGCACACAACUCGACAUAGCAGCUCAGCAUCAUCUCUUUAUGAUGGGUCGAAAUGGCAGCAACAUCAAACAUAUCAUGCAGAGAACUGGUGCUCAGAUCCAUUUCCCUGAUCCCAGUAACCCACAGAAGAAAUCCACAGUCUACCUCCAGGGCACUAUUGAGUCAGUCUGUCUUGCUAGACAGUAUCUCAUGGGUUGCCUUCCUCUUGUGUUGAUGUUCGAUAUGAAGGAAGAAAUUGAUGUAGAACCACACUUUAUAACUCAACUAAUGGAACAGCUGGAUGUCUUCAUUAGUAUUAAGCCAAAGCCAAAGCAACCAAGCAAGUCUGUAAUUGUAAAAAGUGUUGAGCGAAAUGCCUUAAACAUGUACGAGGCACGGAAAUGUCUCCUGGGCCUUGAAAGUAGUGGAGUUGCCAUAGCAACGAGCUCGUCCACAGUCUCCUGUCCUAUUGGCCUCUCAUGUCCUGGCUUGGAUAUUCUGUCGUCAGCUGGGCUAGGACUCACUGGACUCGGUCUCUUGGGUCCAACUGCCUUGUCUGUCAACACAUCUACAACUCCGAAUUCUCUCUUAAAUGCCCUUAAUAGUUCUGUCAGUCCUUUGCAGAGUCCCAGUUCGGGCACGCCCAGCCCAACAUUAUGGGCUUCUUCCAUUGCCAAUGCAAGUGCCACAGGAUUCUCUGCUAUUCCCCACCUGAUGAUACCUUCUACUGCCCAGGCCACAUUAACUAGUAUACUUUUGUCAGGAGUGCCGAACUAUAGUCAGAACACACCUUCUCCCCCUCCUGGCUUAACCCCUGUUGAUAUCCAUGUAAAUGACAUUCAAAUGGAAAACAAGAAAAGCCAAACUUCUUUGAAUGGCCACGUAAAGACCUCAGCUAUGAAGUAUACCGCUCUGUCUGCUGCAUCACUUGGUGAAAAUGUGUUGAGUUCAAACCACAAUGAUCCAUCCCGGCAAACAAGUAGCCAUAAUGCCUCCGAACAAGUGACCGCCAAGGCGAACGCUGGAGAAGGUUGCAAUGACGCUUUUGUGGAAGUGGGCAUGCCAAGAAGUCCUUCGCAUUCUGCAAAUGCCAGUGAUCUGAAGCAAAUGAUGAGUUCCUCCAAGCCACCCUGUGCCAAGAGGCAGACCGUAGAGUUGCUGCAAGGCACCAAAAACUCGCACUUACACACUGCAGAGAGGUUACUGUCAGACCCUGAACUGAGUGCUUCGGAGGGCCCUGUGGCAGAUAAAAAAGCCCCUGGAAGCGAGCGAGCAGCUGAGAGAGCUGCAGCUGCCCAGCAGAAUUCAGAAAGGGCACGUCUUGCUCCACGGUCGUCGUACGCGAAUAUGCAGGCAUUUGACUAUGAACAGAAGAAGCUAUUAGCAACCAAAGCUAUGUUGAAGAAGCCAGUUGUCACAGAGGUGAGGACACCAACCAACACCUGGAGUGGCCUUGGCUUCUCCAAAUCUAUGCCAGCUGAAACAAUCAAGGAACUAAGACGAGCUAACCAUGUAUCGUACAAGCCAUCUAUGACGAUAACUUAUGAGGGUUCAUCAAUGUCUCUCUCACGGUCCAACAGCCGAGAGCACUUGGGGAAUGGUAGUGACUCUGAUAACUGGAGGGAUCAUAAUGGCAUUGGUCCUGCAGCACCCAGCAAUUUUGUCUCAUCCAUUGGCAGCCCUAAACGGAAACAAAACAAAUCAACUGAACAUUAUCUCAGCAGCAGCAAUUACAUGGACUGCAUCUCUUCGCUGACGGGAAGCAAUGGCUGUAACUUGAACAGUCUAUUUCAAGGAUCGGACCUGCCUGAGCUUUUUAGCAAACUAGGCUUGGGCAAAUACACAGACAUAUUCCAGCAACAAGAGAUUGAUCUUCAGACGUUCCUAACUCUCACAGAUCAGGAUCUGAAAGAGCUUGGGAUUACUACUUUUGGUGCACGAAGGAAAAUGCUGCUUGCGAUAUCAGAACUGAAUAAAAACCGAAGAAAACUGUUUGAACCCUCCAGCGCCCGUGCCUCAUUCCUGGAAGGCGGCGCCAGCGGACGGCUGCCGCGUCAGUAUCAUUCGGACAUUGCUAGUGUGAGCGGGCGCUGGUAGCAAUAAAGGGAAACUCUCGCAGUCGACUGCGCAACCUGACAUGGCGAUCCUGUGGACAGCCAUCACUGCACACCACCUUCUGCACUUUGGGGAGCCUGGGUACCGAGGACCAAAGCCUUUCUUUUUCUGCACAAAUCCUUGUGCCAAAAAAAAAAAACAGAGAGAGAACAAACACUCGUUUUGUCUUUCCAAGCACCAAAUGUGGAUUGUUUUACUCGUUUAGAUUGGACAGAAUUGGCAAUAUAACAUAGGGUUCUUUAGUAUUUUAUUACUUAUAAUAACUAUAUUGUAUGCACUGAUUUUUUUUUUUUUUUUUACUUCUUUGAACGAAGAGUGAAGGGCUGGGAUACCAGAGGGGCAUAGCAUGCGGUUUUUAGCAAGAAGGUAUUUCUGGUACUGCUUAAUAAUUAAUUAAUUGAGGUCUUUCUGCACUUUACGUAUUCUGAUUUCUUGUCCUGUGGAAAUUUUGUUUCCCUCUAAUUUCCAUGGAGGGGGGGAAAAAACCAACU